AUGGUAGCUGUCACCAUGUUCAUGCGGCGGGCCACGGCCCAGUCCUGCAUGAAGCCCUCCGUCGGAAUCCGAGGCAGGUGGCUGGCGGCGAGAGGCUCACCACCAAUACUGGCGUUUAUCAGUCCGCCUCCGAGACGAUCCAUCACUACGGCCGCAGGCCGCAGAGCGGAAGCUCGCAUUACCUUGCUGGAAGCGGCAGGCUUUGACCGCCAGGUAGUGGUGAAGAUGGCGUCGUCACAUCCUCAAGUGCUGGGCUACGAUGUGGAGAGCCGCAUUGCCUUACUGGAGGCGGCAGGUUUUGACCGCAAGGCCGUGCUGAAGAUGGCGUCGUCGUUUCCUCCAGUGCUGGGCUUGGAUGUGGAGAGCCGCAUUGCCCUGCUAGAGGCGGCGGGCUUUGACCGCAAGGCCGUGCUGAAGAUGGCGUCGUCACAUCCUCCAGUGCUGGGCUACGAUGUGGAGAGCCGCAUUGCCCUGCUAGAGGCGGCGGGCUUCGACCGCAGGGCCGUGCUGAAGAUGGCGCCGUCACAUCCUCCAGUUGCUGGGCUACGACGUGGAGAGCCGCAUUGCCCUGCUAGAGGCGGCGGGUUUCGCCCGCAGGGCCGUGCUGAAGAUGGCGUCGUCACAUCCUCCAGUUCUGGGCGUGGAUGUGGAGAGCCGCAUUGUCCUGCUAGAGGUGGCGGGCUUCGACCGCAAGGCCGUGUUGAAGAUGGCGCCGUCAUUUCCUCCAGUUGCUGGGCUUGGAUGUGA